GAGCAGGGCACUUUGUGGCCGGGAUCCGAGUGAUCGGCUCGGCCUCACCUUCGGAGAAGAACCAAGAGAGUUGGGCACCAUUAAAGUUUUUAUUUUUCGUGUCUGUGCGAGCAGGUGUUUGGGGGUCGGGGGCCUGCUUCAUUUGCCCCCCGACCCCCGCUCGUCUGGGGCAGCCCAUCCAGAGGGAUUCGGAUAAUUAGAGUCUGAGCGCGACCAUGCCCAGGAAGAAGGCGGCGGCAGCUUGGGAGGAGCCGAGCUCCGGCAACGGCACGGCCCGUGCCGGACCCAGGAAGCGCGGCGGCCCGGCCGGUAGGAAGCGCGAGCGGCCCGAGCGGUGCAGCAGCAGCAGCGGUGGUGGCAGCAGUGGCGACGAGGACGGCCUAGAUCUCGACGGGGCACCUGGUGGGGGCAAACGCGCAGCGCGGCCGGCGGCGACCAAAGCGGGCGGCGCAGCGGUGGUCAUCACCGAGCCAGAGCACACCAAGGAGCGCGUCAAACUUGAAGGGUCUAAAUGCAAAGGGCAGCUUUUGAUUUUUGGGGCAACCAACUGGGACUUGAUUGGUCGAAAAGAAGUGCCUAAACAACAAGCUGCCUACCGCAAUCUUGGUCAGAAUCUGUGGGGACCCCACAGAUAUGGGUGCCUGUCGGGGGUCCGGGUGCGGACGGUGGUCUCGGGGUCAUGCGCUGCCCACAGCCUCCUGGUCACCACGGAAGGGAAGCUGUGGAGCUGGGGUCGAAAUGAGAAGGGGCAGCUAGGACAUGGUGACACCAAGAGAGUGGAAGCUCCCAGACUCAUUGAGGGUCUCAGCCACGAGGUGAUUGUGUCAGCAGCCUGUGGGCGGAACCACACCCUGGCCUUGACGGAAACCGGCUCCGUGUUUGCGUUUGGAGAGAACAAGAUGGGGCAGCUGGGCCUGGGCAACCAGACGGACGCCGUCCCGAGCCCCGCACAGAUAAUGUACAACGGCCAGCCAAUUACCAAAAUGGCCUGUGGGGCUGAGUUCAGUAUGAUAAUGGAUUGCAAAGGAAACCUCUAUUCCUUUGGGUGCCCUGAAUACGGUCAGCUGGGACACAACUCGGACGGGAAGUUCAUUGCCCGAGCGCAGCGGAUAGAGUAUGACUGCGAGCUGGUGCCCCGGCGAGUGGCCAUCUUCAUCGAGAAGACAAAGGACGGGCAGAUUCUGCCAGUGCCCAACGUGGUUGUGCGAGACGUGGCCUGUGGCGCUAACCACACGCUGGUCCUUGAUUCCCAGAAACGUGUCUUCUCUUGGGGCUUCGGCGGCUAUGGCCGGCUGGGCCACGCCGAGCAGAAGGACGAGAUGGUCCCUCGCCUGGUGAAGCUGUUCGACUUCCCUGGGCGUGGCGCGUCCCAGAUCUACGCCGGCUACACCUGCUCCUUCGCCGUCAGCGAAGUGGGUGGUCUGUUCUUCUGGGGGGCCACCAACACGUCCCGUGAGUCCACCAUGUACCCGAAGGCCGUGCAGGACCUCUGUGGCUGGAGAAUCCGGAGCCUGGCUUGUGGGAAGAGCAGCAUCAUCGUGGCCGCGGAUGAGAGCACGAUCAGCUGGGGCCCGUCACCGACCUUCGGGGAGCUGGGCUACGGGGACCACAAGCCCAAGUCUUCCACUGCAGCUCAGGAGGUGAAGACCCUGGACGGCGUUUUCACAGAGCAGGUUGCCAUGGGCUACUCACACUCCUUGGUGAUAGCAAGAGAUGAGAGUGAGACCGAGAAGGAGAAGAUCAAGAAGCUGCCAGAGUACAACCCCCGCACCCUCUGAUUGCCCCGGAGCCUCCCACUCCACACCUCGAGGCAGCUGUCAUUUCCACGUGCACUGGGACGGGAAGUCAGACGAGGGAUUGAAACGAGCGGAAGUGGACUGAAGGUGCAUUUUUGUUAGACUCCCUGAGGUUCCGUUUUUUAAGUGAUUCAACGUCAACUACCUUUUCUGUAUGCUUUCCAAAGUGUUUUUCCUCUCUUGAUGUUUAAUUAAAGUAUUUGCUCAUAGUUGACUUACCAUUCCUACAAGAGGCAGAAACUUUGAGCAAUCUAGGGUUUUGUUCUGUUUUUUAAGUUUCUCUGCCCCUGCUUCCCAAAUAUACUUCUCAAAACUCCCCUUUUCGAUUGUAAUCAGCAUUGUGGUCCGAGUGGGUGCACCCUGGGACAGCAGUCCCCGUUUACUUAGAAAACAACGUCCCUUAUGGGAACUGGCAGCAUUAUUGGCAAAGAGGGUCCCUGGUGGUCCAGCUCUGUCCAAAAUCAUGCCCACGUGCUUCGGGAGCACCUGGGUCACUCCCUUCCUGCCUUUUCCUGUAGACCAGCCUCCAGCCUUGGUUCUCUUUUCCCGUGGCUGCUUGCAAGCCCCGCCCACCACCUUGUGGCUGCACCAUUAAUAGAACUUGCCAUUUCCCCCCUGGUGGGGGCUGUGGGUAUGUGUUUAGCCAUUUAUAUCUAUUUUAUCUGUAAAUGAAGUCCAAGUGAAAAUCAGGUGAUCAUGGAACCAGUAGGGGGUGGGGGGUGCAGUUGUGGGUCAUCGUACCUGGUUCAAGAACCAGCUUUAAGGUUCCUCUGAGGAGCCGGGGCCGCCUCGCCAGCAUUCGCCAUUAGAGAUUGACUAGCCAGCAGUAAAAAGUGCAUUCUGCAGUCCUUGUGAAGAAGGACCAGCCCUCCUGUACCAGCCUUUAUCGCCUUGUGCUUCUGUUUUUACUACCCCCCACCCCCCACCGCUGGGUCCAGCUUGGAACGGCCCUGUGUGUUUCCGAGGCUCGGGUUCCAGUUCUGCCAUCCCAGCUCUGUAGUCACCUGUGCUUAGCCGUGGUACCAAAUAGUUGGGAUGAUGAAGUCCUUCUUCCCCGCGUGUCAGCGCAGAUGCUGGGACUGCCACCCAGCUCCCCACCAAGUGCCCUCUGCCCGAGCCCGUCCCCGGCGUCCCGCUGCCCUGUGUGCGUUACGAGGUGCCUUUCCCAGAACCCUCCUCUCACUUGGACCCGAGAGGCGACAGCUGUGGCUGGGGCUCUUGGUUCCGAGAUGGUCUGGACUGGUUUGGGUGCUUUAAAUAGAUGUUUUAGUUCAGCGGUGCUUCUGGGGAGAAGGGGGUAGAACUUCAGUGUGAGACUUGGGUGGAUGGGAAAGUUAAAUAUUGGUCUUUAUUAUUUUUGCUUUGCUAUUGUUACCACUUGUCAUUGUCUUGAUGUUAAAAUGCCAAAAAUGAA